AUGUGCUUUAUUAGGAAAACACGAAAAAUAAACAAACAAAAUAGGGCGCGCCUUCAAAAGUUUUUUUUUUUCAUUAACACUUGUCAACUUUUAUCUCUACAAUUACAUACCCAGCUCCAGUACGAAAUGGCUAGGGAUUUAAUAAAAAUAGAAGAUUUUCCUGAGAUAAUGGAUGGUCAAAAACAAGGCCCAAGAGUAGGCUUCUGUGGAUUGGUUGUAAGAUUUUAUCCUAGCAGGAGAGACUAUAUUGGUAUGGAUGUCACUGAUUUCACAUCACAUCCUCGAGUAUGCCAAAACCAAGAGUACUAUAAUGGUGGGUUGUUACUUGCCAGAAACGAAUUACUUACUAUACCAGUAAAAAUUGAGGCACUAAAAAGGAUCCAAGUGAGUUACCCAGGAAUAUUUGGAGAACAAUAUAACCUUGCAGAGGAAUAUUAUUCAGCCAGUGGUGUACUAGAUGUACAUGACAAACUCUUGGUGGUUAAGAUGACCUUGAGGACCAGACUAUAUCAAGGAUUUUAUGAGCCGUAUUCAUAUGAUCAGGAGAUUGUUGAUUAUGAAUAUUUGGGCAACAAAGACAGACUCGUGGUAGAUGAUUUAUUCCGAAACAUUGUUUCCCGUAAAGAAUAUUUUUCAAAAGUCUCUCACUUGGCUCCUAGGCUUAUGCCCGCAAAAUUUUUGAUUUCAACAGGCCAUUCUUCCGAAGUUAGCGAUAAAGUACAACAUUUGAAUGCCAUAUCAUCAGUUCCCGACACGAAAAUCAAGAGUCCACCCCAUAAUUCACAGUAUAUUCAUCCUCCUGAUCCAAAUACUAUAAGAUCGUCUCCAACCCAGAAUCUAGUUCCCGAUAUAGAACAUGGCGAUUUUGAUUUCUGCAAUAGUUCCACAGUGGGGUCUCCAGAAGAAGAACAGGUUUUUACUAUUUCAGAGUUAAAACAAUUGGACAUGACUAUUGACAACAAAACAUAUAUGGUAAGUUGCAAAAUUAUUGGUUGCUUUCCCGACGAUUGGAUGUAUCUUUCAGGAAAAGAAAUGGACCCCAAAUCAAACACAGCCAAAGACCCAAUCAUUCGAGAUCUAGAAUGGAUUAUUGCUGACGCCAAUGUGGAUGAACGCACAGUGUUGAAUUCUGAAAAUACCCUAAGUGUGAUUCUGCCAGCACAAGAUAUAUUAGAGUUUUCAAAUUAUGGGUCUGUCGAAGAUUUUUUUAUAGGCUGCUCCGGUUAUAGAAAAAAACUGAACAGUAUCUUUAACAUACCAACAAAGUUGGAAGUUAGAAAGAUCGAAAUACCUAUUAAUUCAAGCACCACAACUGUUGUCUGGAGUCCUGUUGAGAGUAAAUAA